AUGUCUCGUUACGACGAUCAUCGUUCGUCGACUGGGACACUCGACUACCGCGAUCGUUACAACCGAUAUUCGCGCGGACCCUCAGUCGCUGAAAGAGCCCGCGUAGUCGAUGAUGAAAGGUUUGAGCUUCGUCUUCGCGAAGGCGAGCGAUAUGGUCCUCCUGCGCGUGCCCCUGGACGUCGCUACGAAGACGAGCACCUGAUUCAUACGUCGGGUGCCCUCGUCGCACCUGACCGUCGCCGUCGCCGUGAUGAGAGCGCUGCCUUCGCCAGGCCUCGCUUACUUAGACGCCAAUCGUCCCUCGAUACAUUUGAUCGUAUCCCUCGACACAAAAUGGAGACUCUUGAGAUUCGCGAUCGGGAACGCGUGCGCAUGCCUCAUGUGCCAGCUCCACCUGGGCGGCCAGGUAGAGUUCGAGAGGUCUAUGAAGAUAUUCGAAUUGCAGAACCAGAUACCUAUGGUGAUGAGGAGUUUCGUGAGAUGCGUCGGUCAAGAAGUACUGUUCGUCACCGCCAUGAGGAGAAGCCUUACCCACGGAAGGGCAAGACCAGAAUGCCUCGGCAUAUGGUGCAUCUCCAUGCCAUUCUAGAUUUGGGGUAUCCGUAUAAGGAGGAGGAAGAAACGAUUGUCAUCCAGAAAGCACUGUCGAAGGACCAGAUCGAUGAAGUUAUCAACCUCAGCCGCGAGUUCCGACGGCCUUCCCACAGAGAGACAGAGUACAUCGAGGUACCGUCUCCCCGACGCACCACAGAACACCUUGUGGUCGACUCCUACUCGCCUCGCACAAGCCACGAGACAAUGAUCGUGGAGCCAUCACGCAAUAGAGAUGAUUAUCGCGAUGUAGAGUACAAAGAAGUGGUAGAGCGAGUCGAGCGACCAGUUCACCAUCAUCACAUCUCACGACCACGAUCAGUCUCCAUUCAUACCCACCGAGUUGCAUCCCCUGUUCGCCUGGUUGAGCCCCGAGGAUAUAUUGAGGAGCGGAUUGAAUCGAGACCCGCUGGAUCUAUGGUGUUGGUACGACCGCGCCACAGUGAGGUUGAGGUUGCACGCGAGAUUCGUGAUCUGGAAGACGAAAGAAGGAUGUUGCGGUUGGAGCGACAUGGGGGGAUCGAAAUCACACGAGAACGCGAUACUGAAAUCAUUGACAGUCAUGGCCAUGCGGAGGAAGUGACCGAGGUCCGCCGAGAAGAACGCAGGGAACCCAGCUCACGUGUGAUGCGGGCCAUGAUGGCUACUUUGACUUGA